AUGUAUAAGCCUCGAUUAAAGACGAAGAAGACGAAAUCGAAGCCAACUCCAAAGAAGCCGACUACGAAGAAGAGAAAGAAGACUCCCGCGUCCUUAAGCGAAGACGAGAGCUCAGAUAAUCCCGAUAACCCUAGCGCUCAAACGGAUCCUCCUAGCACCGAUCAGGAUAAUAGCGACACCGGUGGCCAGACAGACGGGAACAAUCAAGAUCCUCCUAGUACCGAUUAG